GCAGCCGCUGACUCGCGCGCUUUCGAAACCUUAGGACUUUGCCCUCUGUUCGCGCAGGGCGCCCAGGAGAAGGGGAUCUCCGUGAGUUUUGCACCUGCUCUUUCCAGCUAAGCGAACAGAUCCCAGGGGUGUGUGGGGAUCAUCCCCACGUGCCUCCUUCGCCCGAGUUCUCUUGCACAACUUCGAAGCUUCACCCUCCCUCUGUAAGGCUCUGAUCCCCCUCCUGAGCUGCUCUUACUUUUUCCACCAUGCCGAGUGGAUUUCUCUCCCGGUGCUGCUAAGGAAACGCGUUCUUCCUCCCCGCAAUGGCCGAGGCUCUGCGGUUGAUAGCAGAGAAAGCUGGCUGUGUCGUCCGUGUUUCUCACGCGCGCGGAUCUGUGCCGCAAGGACCCUGGAGUGGCAGCGGCGUCCUUUUGAAGCCGGACCCGGCCAUUGUCCUCUGUCAUGGCUCCGUCUUCUCUCCUUUCCUCCUGCCAGCCGAGCACCAAGACUGGGCCCAGAGCCGAUUUCUGCUCCCUGAUAGCUUCCCCCGGGACAUCCAGAUCCAAGUGCUGAGGCCAGCAGAAUGCAGUCUUAAAGCUCCCAGUAGGAACUGGCUAGGUGGAGAUCUGGUGGGAAACACCCCAGCCUUGAGAUUCAACCCGCUUUCAAAUUGGCACGAGACACCCAGCGGCCUCCGCUGCCACAAGGCCGAACUCAUCGUUAUGCUUCCCUGUGUGCCGUUCCAAGAUGCUUUCUCCAAAGUCUUCAGCUCCACUGAACAGUGGCGUUUUGGCACAGAGGAGGAAGUUGAAGAGGAAUCCAGCGCCCCGGAAGAUGAGGCGCGUUUCCUGCCCUGGUUUGCCCUGCUGAGGAUCUUGGAUGGUGAUUCCCAUGGUGUGGGCGGGGUGAGCUGCGUGGCGGCCGAAACGCUGAGGAAGGGAGACCCGGUCUUCGCCUGUGGCUCCCCGUUUGGCUCCUUUUGCCCGGACAUCUUCCUGAACACCCUCAGCAAAGGGAUCGUGAGCAACACAUCCGGAGAAAGCAACGCCCUAAUCCUGACCGACGCUCGCUGCUUGCCUGGCACCGAAGGGGGCGGCGUCUAUGCGUUAUCAGAAACUGGCCUUCACUUGGUUGGGAUAAUCGUAGCUCCGCUUUGCUGGAAAUCCAGCGAAUGGGUUGGUCUAACUCUGGUUUGUGCCGUCAACAGUAUUCUACAUUGCAUCCGGAGCGUCCUUUCUGGGCCUCACCGGGCUCUGAAAACGUGGCUGAACCCCUUGGAACUUGUGGCCAAGUCUCACGGAAAGAUGGUGGCCAGAGACGGACCACAUCAGCAAAUGCUUGCUGCUGUGGUUCUGGUGGAACGGGGCCUCACCUGGGGAUCUGGCGUGAUCGUGAACUCAAGACUGGUGUUGACCUGUCGACACGUGGCCAACGGCGCAACAAGUGUCUGCGUUAGGUUGCAGCCCAGCCACGGAAAGUAUGUUUGGAUUCUCACCUGUAUUGAGAGAUGCUGAGGUCAAGUUCUGUUUGCUUUGCUGCAUCUUCUAGUCUCUCCAAGAUUUGACACUUGAGCAUUCAAACCUGCGCUGCUCAGUCAACAGUGUAGACCUGGGUUUCUUAGUGGGCUGGAGCCACAGGGGUGAGCAGUCUGGGUAUAUGCCAGAUGUUGAUCUUGUAGAGAAGCAAAUCACAUAGCACCUAGAAUCCCCAUUCAGUGCACUAUAUAGAAAUUGAGAAACCAUCACCUGUGAAUUGGAAAGAGAUAAUAAACUUGAGUGUCAAUAUAGUGGACACUUCCUUUAAAAAGGAAUUCUGUUUGCUUCAUAUUUUUACAGAGCCACGCGGGGCACUUUUUGUGUGCCCAUAACGCCGAUGGUUUCAUACAUGGCUAGGCAUAUUUCCAGCAGUGUGCAUCUUCCAAGUAGAGUGGUACCUCGGAGGUCUGUUCUUAACCUGAAACUGUUCUUAACCUGAAGCACCACUUUAGCUAAUGGGGCCUCCUGCUGCCGCCGCUGCAUGAUUUCUGUUCUCAUCCUGAAGCAAAGUUCUUAACCCAAGGUAAUAUUUCUGGGUUAGCGGAGUCUGUAACCUGAAGCGUAUGUAACCCGAGGUACCACUGUAUAUGCACUCUGGGGAGUCAGGAUUGUCCAUGUUGUGGGAAAUGUAUGUUUUCCACUAGGUAAGUUGACUAUUUCUGAAUGUGCAGAUCAACCCACAUGUGGAUAACUCAGUGAGACCUGUUUCUAACACACUUCGCAGGGCAUCAUGAAAAACAUAGUGGCUUGGCUCUCAUUUAUGCUGACAGCACAUGUUUAAGAGACUUUCCCAAAGGAUUUCAUCAUCUUAAUAGUUAGGCCAGUUGAGCAAUGCCAAAAAUCCUGGCUUAUUGCAAAUAUCUGUAUCUGCUGUCUCCUUAACGCUUUCUUUUGUUUGCUCCUAGGAGUUCUGUAGCUAAAGGAAAAGUGGUAUUUGCUACCAAGGACUCUUCUCCCUAUGAUGUGGCACUGGUAGAAUUAGAAGAAGACCUGCCCACUUCCACAGAGCCCGCCCUGGCGUCAGACUUUUACAAAGGUGAGAACCGGACACUCCGCCCAUCUCCUUUGGGUCACUGCCCAUUGGGUCUUGUGGUUUUAUUGUGGGGAAUCAACCAAAGGCCCUAUAACAUUCUGCCUACUAAAUCAUUUUGAUAUGGGCUGUGCUAUUGAAAGUGGUAUUUUAAAAAAAUCUUGCUAGACUCCUUCCCCUGAGUAACCUCUGUUGAGCAAGUACAAAGUCUAAGCUUUGAAACCAUUUUGGGGUGUGAAUAUGUCCCCGUUGUGCCUCCCCCCUCCCACACAGGGACAGCUGCGAUACCUCAGUCAGUAGAGCACGAGACUCUUAAUGUCAGGGUCGUGGGUUCAAGCCCUACAGUAGGCAAAAGAUUCCUACAUUUUAGCGGGUUAAGACUACGUGGCUCUCAUGGUCCCUUCCAUCUCUACAAUUCUGUGAUUCUAUAAUUCUGUGAAUAGUUGAAUUACAUGGUGGAUUCAGUUCAAGUGACGAAAAUCAAUACAAUAUGUUGCCUGUGGCAAGCAGGGCCGUUGCUUUCUGUACUUCAUUCAUUUUUAAUUAAAUGUUAUUAAAUUAAACUCUGAUUUGCAAUACAAUGCUCCUGUUUUGGGAAGUCUAGGAAGUCACUGGAAAUAAUAAUAAUAAUAAUAAUAAUAAUAAUAAUAAUAAUAAUAAUAAAUUAUUUUAUUUAUAUCCUGCCCUCCCCAGCCGAAGCCGGGCUCAGGGCGGCUAACAACAAUAAAAUAGUGCAACAUUCUAAAAACAAUUCAUUAUAAAACUUAUUUAAGAUCCAAUUGGUGGCAACCAUUAAGCUUAAAUUCUGUAAAGAUUGCCAAAGGCUGCACCCUGACGAAAGGCCUGGUGGAACAGCUCUGUCUUGCAGGCCCUGCGGAAAGAUGUCAAGUCCCGCAGGGCCCUAGUCUCUUGUGAAGAAGAAGAAGAAGAGUUUGGAUUUGAUAUCCCGCCUUUCACUCCCUGUAAGGAGUCUCAAAGCAGCUAACAUCCUCCUUCCCCUUCCUCCCCCACAACAAACACUCUGUGAGGUGAGUGGGGCUGAGAGACUUCAAAGAAGUGUGACUGGCCCAAGGUCACCCAGCAGCUGCAUGUGGAGGAGCGGAGACGCGAACCCGGUUCCCCAGAUUAGGAGACUACCGCUUUUAACCACUACACCACACUGGCUCUGUGACAGAGCAUUCCACCAGAUUGGAGCCACAGCCGAAAAAGCCCUGGCUCUAGUUGAGGCCAGCCUAACCUCUCUGUGGCCUGGGACCUUCAGGAUGUUUUUAUUUGAAAACCAUAAGUUCCUCUGUGGGACAUACCAGGAGAGGCGGUCCCGUAGGUACGAGGGUCCUAAGCUGUAUAGGGCUUUAAAGGUUAAAACCAGCACCUGGUUGGAAAGAGAUUUAGUCUAAUGUUGCACCAUAGAUCACAGUCUCCAAGGAAGAUGGGGAUGAAGUGUUGAUGGCAAGUCUUUUGCUGACUUCCGUGGUGGCUUGCUUCUGAGCUCUCCUGGAGUUAUUGCUGAGGGUUCUUGUAGGAUUUUGUCUUGUUUCCCUCCACUGGGAACUGUGCAUCUCAGAACUGCUUCUCACGUUGCAAAGAAACAGGGAAACAGAAAGCACAAACAGCAACUUCCGUUAGGUGGUAAGAGCGAUUUGUGGGUCUUCUUCCUUGGAGAGGUUUGGGAGCUUUGCCAUCUCUCUGUGAUAUACAAAGUGGACUUUUCGUGCAGUUUUUCACUGCUUUGGUUUGUGCUCUUCAUGCAGGAGAAGAUGUGAGUAUCGUUGGUUUUGGCGUCUUUGGCCAGGCCUGCGGCCCAUCGGUAACAUCUGGGAUCCUGUCAGCAGUCAUCACUGUAGGAGAUGAGCCUGUGAUGCUUCAGGCAACCUGUGCAGUUCAUGGUGGCUCCAGCGGGGGAGCCCUGUUCUCCACGCACAGUGGGAAACUCCUAGGUACAGCCUCUUUCUCCUUGUUCCUUGCUCUCCCAUGAUCUCACUAUGUAGGCGUAGGGAUUGGUGCAAAUAUGGAAUCCUGUAAUCUCAUACUUGCUGCUGUGAGGAAAGCAAGUUCCUAGUCCUUAGUGUGCAAUGAACUGCGUUAAGCGUGGAAGCAGUACUUGGUGAAAUCUUGUUCAAGGCUGCUAACAUUUAAACAACGUUGGUCUCCAACACUGUCUCUGUGUGCGUGGGAUGGAUUUCUGCUAGUGCAGAACCUUCCUCUCUUCCCACUUACAGCCCUCACCCACCCUCAAAAUCUUCUCUGAAGUGUGGGGGGACUAGCAGAUUUUUGGGGGAACACCAUGGUGGCUGCAAGGCGAGGAGGGUGGAGCGAAAUCCCACCACCCAAUUUUAGAGAAUUCCCAUGCAGCCCCAUACAAUGCAUCUCCUCACUGUUGAGGGGGCGCCUUCUAACCCUCUGCAGAGGGUUUUAGGAAGGGGAAGAGAAAGAUGUGAGCUCACACAACCCUUUUUACAUGCCCAGCAGGUUAAAAGCAGCAGUUCAAUAGGCCAAAUGCCCGCAAAAAGGAAAUGUCUUUGGGUAGUGGAGACCAGGGAAUUGGACUGGGCCAAAUGGGUCUCUCGUGAUAGAGACUUUCCAGAGUCUAGGACCAGCUACAGAAAAGGCCACAUAAAUCAAAUGCAAGGAGGAGCUGGGUUCUUUAUCCCAAUGAUGCAUGCCUGGGUAUGGCAGGAUUCAUAAUCCUCAUUUGUCUUUGCCAAGCCAAAGUACAUUACACAACUUUCUCACGCACAUGCACUGAGCCUUUGAUAAUUGGUUGUGUGUAGCAACGCUCUUGAUAGGUUUUUAUUCUUGCCAACCGUAUCUGAUCACGGAGGCAGGUUUGUUGUGGAGUGAUUUUAUCUCUCGAUUGCAACCAUGUGCAAUCGAGAGGUUGCAGCUCUGCAGGAUGAAGCUCUUUUAUUCCUCUGAAUUAUGAAAUCCCCUUUUUAAAUAACAGACUCUAGUUGCACAAGAUUUCCUCAAGGUCCUCUCCACCCGCUUCCUUGCUCAAAUACUUGUUUAAGUAGCCACUUCUUUGCAAUUUGAUUUUGGGUUCUCCAGAUGUUUGGGAAUACCUAAUGUUUUUUCCCCAACGGCAGGUAUCGUUGCCAGCAACACAAGGGAUAACAGCAUAGGAGUGACGUACCCUCACCUGAACUUCAGCAUUCCCAUCACUGUUCUGCAGCCGGCCCUCUUGGAAUACCUUCAUAGCAGAAGCCUGCGCGGCUUCCGGGAACUAGACAGGGUGAGCCACAAGAUCCAGGUUGUGUGGAGACUCCAAAGAGAGCCUGUGGAGGGACCGCUCAGCAAGCUCUGAAGAACUUCAGAAGAGAGAAGAAAAGCAUUGUUUAUCCAUGCCCUGGCUGAGCUAUAGCUAGAUCAGGGCGGUCCAACUUCUCAGACGAGGUAGGCCGCAAAAAGUGCUUGUAGGCCACACAUUGCCUUGUCAUGCAGGUGAGGUGAGAAAGGCCUAAAUUUGACACACAUACACCCCCCCCCUCCGGCCCUCGUGUUGCCUUCCCAAAGCUGGCUAAACAAGGCGCCAGAGUCCUAGAGCCCUUCCAUCUCCUUCCCAAAGCUUGGAAAGCGAUAACUAGGCUUUGGGAAGGAGGAAGGAGAACUCUAGGUACCUGUCAGAGACCUCAGGCCUCCUUCCCAAAGCCCAGUGCCUCCUGACCUGGCUUGGGGAAGGCAGUGUGAGAACCAAAGGGGGCGGCAAAAGGCAUCGAGGGCCCUUAGGCCUAUAUUAUUGGGCCAAUGAACCAUGCUUAUGGGUGGGCUUGAAAUCGGCUUUUCUUGGCUGAUUUCAGUAGGGCUGAACCUUUUGCCCUUGUUUCCCAUCAUGCACCUCGCUGUGUCCUUCGCUUCUCCAAAUCUCACUCGAGCAUCAAAAUGCCCCCUGUUUCUCUUGAGCUUGUCUCUGCCUGCUCUUCCUUGCUGGGGGGCUCUCUCCUGCAAACCCCUGUGUGCUGUUUCCACCUGUCUUCUGUCAGUUCUUUUUCUAAACCCACCUUUUCUGUAGACUUCGCUCGGCAGUUGUCCUCUGUGCCCCCCUGGGAAGGGGAACCUCUGGCUCUCCUGAGGCUGUUAAGACUCCAGCUCCCAUCAGCCGCAGUCAGCAUGUCAAGGAUCCAGUGAUCAAGGAUGAUGGGAGUUAGCCUGACAACAUCUGGUGGUGGUGGGGUUUCCCCUCCCUGUCUUGCCACUUCUCACAAAAAACCCCUACGUUCUCUCUCUCUCACACACAGAAUCACAGAUUUUGUACACAUCUGCAUUUGCUUAUAUGUAUCCCCUGGUACCCUUUCCCUUUCUUUCCUCUGUUGCCUUUAUGCACAGAUGAAAUUUUUACUGUAAGCUCCUGGAGGCUGCCUGGAUUUUUAUUAUAUAAAUAAACGAUAACAUAACUACA